AUGGACUCCGUCGCCCACCGGCCGUGGGAGCCUGUCUCCUCGGGCCCUCAAACACCUGCCGCCUCGAAUCAGACGUUACCCUCGAUCUCAACGUUAACCGCGAGCAUGGGCACUGCCAUCAACCCAUCCGAGAAAUCCCCCGGCAACUCCUCCUUGAACACGAUCGAACGAGACUCGGGGAAUUGGUCAAUGCCGCAAAGCACAAGUAGGACUCCCCCCGGGGCGGAUUGGGCGCGGCAUGCUGACCCUUCAGGAUCCUCAACCUACUCGACUACGACCAAUGGGACCGGCAACAACUAUCCGUCCCUCACCUUCCUGACCUCGACCUCCCAACCCUCCCCGAAUCGUGGCCACGUCGCGCCAGACCGAUCGCCGUACCCGCACGAUCAAUCAACAACUCCUUCCUCGGCCGGCGCGCAACAACCCUCGCCCAGCUUCAACACCACCCUGCCAAACUCGGCGCUCCCUUCGAUUAACCAGAACUUUGACGCCUCAUCGCAUCGCGGUAGUGUGGUUGAGGUACCGGAGUCGCGUCGGAGUAGCGUGGAUAGUCGUGUGAACCAAGGCAUCAGCUCGUUGGCGAUCAACCCGGCCUCGCCGUACCACAGCACGAAUGCGUCGCAGUCCUCGAUCGUCUCGAGUCUACAGCGGGAACGGGGGAUUUCAACCGACAUGAACUCAUACCGGGGGCCGCGGUACUCCGGGGGUAGCCAGCCUUUGUCCCCCUUGGGACCUCGACCAGGCGAGCACCGAUCGUUCGCGGCUGGGCGUACGGCACCUGCGAUCUCGUCCAACCCUCGUUCGGAGAUUUACAAUGCCGAGGCACCUACAGCGGGUAUGGCGUACGCUUUCCCGGAUCCCGAUGUAGCUCGAUCGAGCUCGAUCUCAUCCACAGAGAAGUCCAGUCAGCCAUUCUCCCGGAAGGGGAGUACGGCAGAGUCCCUCAACAGCAUGUACUCUGAGCGCAUGCCGCGAGGACAACACGAGCUACCUCCGAAUGUACACCACCACUCGCUGCAACAUAAACAGGUCCGCGAUCUGAUUGGGGAAUCCGAGUCGGGCUCCGGCAACACACCAUACAGUCGAACGCCCGAAUUGCGUGUCACGCAUAAGCUCGCAGAGCGCAAACGCCGCAGUGAGAUGAAGGACUGCUUCGAGGCUCUUCGCAUGCGCCUCCCGCAAACCCAAAACAACAAGUCCAGCAAGUGGGAGACGCUCAGCCGGGCCAUCGAAUAUAUCAACUCGCUGGAGAAGAACCUAGCCACGGCACGUCGCGAGAACUCCGUGAUGCGUACGGAGAUGGAGGAAAUGCGCGCUCAAUUCGCGCAACAACAGGCUCACGGCCCAUCGCGAUCAGGCUCUAUAUUCGAACAUCACCCGAUGGCGACGACCCUGACGAACGGACAACCGCCUGGCCCAGGAUUUGGCGGCUUCGGGAACGGGUCUGUUAUGGCCCAGGAGCAGCCGCGGACACUACCACCGCUCAUGAAUGGCUCCUCGGCUCCGAUGCAGGGCAUUCAGUAUACCGAUGAGCGGCGGUAG